GGAUGGAUGGUUGGCCUAAGGCGCGUGUGCACGGUUUCCCCUUCCUUUCUGUCCGACAUCUUGAAGCGACGGCAACAUGCCUCCUAAGGAUGACAAGAAGAAGAAGGACUCUGCAAAGUCCAAGAAGGACAAGGAUCCAGUCAAUAAGUCUGGAGGCAAAGCCAAGAAGAAGAAGUGGUCCAAAGGGAAAGUGAGGGACAAGCUCAACAACCUGGUCCUAUUUGACAAGGCCACAUAUGACAAACUGUACAAGGAGGUCCCCAACUACAAGCUCAUCACACCAGCCGUCGUCUCCGAAAGGCUAAAGAUCCGGGGUUCCCUGGCCAGGGCUGCUCUUCAGGAAUUACUCGGCAAAGGUAUGAUCAAACUGGUGUCCAAGCACAGAGCACAGUUGAUCUACACAAGAAACACCAAAGGUGGAGAUGAAGCUGUAACUGACAAGGAUGCAUAAACAGAUGAUCCUGUUUUGAUUCCUGCGGAGAUCAGUUGAGUUUGUACAAAUUUAAAAGAAAAUAAAGUUUGGAAACAUCAUGA